AUGUUGCUUGCACCGCGUACAAACCUGCUACGUAGAGCACCUGUGCUGACCACAUUCCGCAAUCCCACCUUCCUCCCUCCCCCAUGUACUGCUAGUCCACCCCGACACUCCCACAGCCACCAUCGACUCAUGCUUGACUCCAUGCUCGCCUCCACUGCCCUUUCCCCCACCCCCCAAACCCCACGUCCCGCCCACCCCAGGUACUCCGAGUCCACCCGGACACUCCCACAGCCACCAUCGACUCAUGCUCGCCUGUCCCGUCCCUCUCAUCACCUACCCAGUGCCUCCUUUUCCCCCACCCCCACCACCCUCCCGUCCACCCCAGAGACCCCCACGGCCACCAUCGACCUCAUGCUCCACUCCAUGCUCGCCUCGCCCCUCACCUUGUCUGUCCCCAUUCGCUCCCUCAUCCCUCCCUUCCAGGUGCUACGAGUCCACCCCGAGACCCCCACUGCCACCAUCGACCUCAUGCUUGACUCCAUGCUCGCCUCGCCGCCCCAAGAAGGCUUCACCGUCUCUGCCCUCACGGUCAGGGCGGAAGUUUUGGAGGCUGCCCGGGACACGCUGCUGGACCUGGAGCUCCGGGCAGAGUAUGAUGAGGACCUGAAGGCAGCAGGAGUGGAGCAGCAGCAGGGGUUGGGAGGUGUGGGGAGGGGUGGAGGGGAGUAUGGCGGCGAGACUGCGAUCAUGGUUGAUGUUCCCAUGAGCCGGGUCCCUGGCGUGUUGUGCCUGUUACAAGAAGCCGGCCGCUCUGCUGACGUGGCAGAGGCGGGCCUCGACCUUCUCUCCCGCCCAGAUGGCGACACAGCUUUCCGUGCUGACGUGGCACUCGCCACAGCGUUGGCGUACUCAGACCUAUCGCGCGACGCCAUGUCAGCAGACCCCCCUGCAGUGGCACAGGGCUGCGAGCUGCUGGAAGCUGCGCUGAAGCUUCUGCAGGACGAGGGGGGUCCAGGCCUGGCGCCGUCCCUGCAGGCGGCAAUAGAGGACUCGCUGAGGGAGAUGGGCCCCACAUGCGUGCUGGAGCUGCUCGCACUGCCGCUGGACAAGGAGCACGAGGAGGCCCGGAGCGAGGGCAUACAGGCUAUGAGCGACCUGCUCUGGUCGCAGACUUCAUACAGCACACUCACAGUCUCCUCCCAGGGCGGCUUCUCCCGCCAUGUGUUCAUGCGGGAGGCCUUCCUGCGCCUCACCACCUCCGAGCUCAUCGCCCACUUCGCUGCCGCCCCGCCGCACGUCGACGCCGGCAUCCUCGAGGCCUACUGGGUCGCGCUCGCCUUCGCUUUCAAAGGGGUUCCAGCUCACCACUUUCCUCCCACCCCCCGCUCCCCCCUCCCUCCCUCCCAGGCAAUGAGGGACCUGCUCUGGUCGCAGAACCCUGACGGAGCACUGUCCUUCUCUUCCCAGGGCGGUUUCUCCCGCCAUGUGUUCAUGCGGGAGGCCUUCCUCCGUCUCACCACCUCGGAGCUCAUCGCCCACUUCGCCGCCGCCCCGCCGCACGUCGACGCCGGCAUCCUCGAGGCCUACUGGGUGGCUCUCGCCUUUGCCGGCCGGGGCUUCUUCCUGCGCCGUCCGGCCGACAUCGUCCAGUCUGACGCGCUGCUGAAAGAGUUAAACGAGUCCACCGCGUACCGGUUGUUGGUUAACGUGAGCACGGGUGGCGGGAUGGUGGAGGCGGGCGGCGGAGUGGCGGGGACUGGUGGUGUGGCCGGAUUGGCCGGUGCGGGAGAGGGUGGGGGAGCAGGCGAAGCAGGAGUGAUUGCAGGAAGAGCAGGAGGAGGAGGAGCGGGGGCAGGAGCGGGAGAUCGGGGGCAAGGGGGAGGAGCAGGGAGUGCAAUGGCGAUGGUGGCGGGGACGGACGUGCCAGCGGAUCUGUCAGUAGAGAGGGCCAUGUGCGCGCUGCUGCUGGGGCAGGUGGGCGCGUGCAAGCGAUGGCUGGGCGUGCAUGUGACCCCUCCCUGUGGCGACCUUGCUGUCGCCGAGUAUAUCUAUGCCAACUCGCCUAACGCGCCACCGGUUGACUCGUGGGAGGUCGUAGCCAUGCGGUUCAGAGACACGUCCCACCUCCCUGUUGCUCUCUCUGAGUACUUUGAUCAUCCCGCUGUGGGGAGUUUCCUGGACGCGUGGGAUCAGGCGCAGGGUGGGGGGGGAGGGGGAGGAGGGAAGGUGGGGGAGACUGGGAGAGGGGAGGGGGGCGGGAUGCGGAAUGCUGCUAUGGAGGUGAUUAGAGGGGUGUUUCCGUGGAUGCAGGGAGGGGGUGAUGCAGCAGGGGCAGCAGCAGCAGCAGCAGCAGCAGCAGCAGCAGCAGCAGGAGCCGCAGCUGAAAAUCCUUUCAUCUUAUCCGCAUCAGCCACCACCACCACCACCUCCUCCCCGUCCCCACCCUUGCCCACCGAUUCGUUACAAGACGACUCGUUACAAGACCCGUCCUCGUCGCUCGCCCCAGCAGAGCUCGCGCGAUCGCGCACCAGACGAGAGCUGUUCGGCCCCUCGCCCCUCCUCGACCCCCAAGGCUCGCCCAUCCCCCUCCGCACCGCCCAACCGGAAUCCCUCCCCACCUUGGGAAUACCUGAAACCGAACCUGGGAGCACCAGCAGCAGCAGUGGCAGGGGUAGAUUUGGUGGGAAGGUGGGGAUGAUGGUGGCGGGGGUGGUGGCGGCGGCGGUGGUGGCGGGGGGAGGGUUCAUGGCAUGGCGCAUGCGGUCGGGCCGCUUUGGGCCGUCGCUGCUGGGAGUGGAAGCGGCGAUGGUGGGACAGCAGGGCAAGGAGCAGGCUGCGGCUUCUGGUGAGUGCAGAGGCUGUUUCAGGCAAGGUGGUGGCGGGGGGAGGGUUCAUGGCGUGGCGCAUGCGAUCGGGGCGGUUUGGACCGUCGCUGCUAGGCGUGGAAGCGGCGAUGGUGGGGCAGCAGGCCAAGGAGCAGACGACUUCUGGUGA